AUGUCUACCGCCGAACUCGCCAGCGCUUACGCCGCUCUCAUCCUUGCCGACGAGGGCAUCGAGAUCACUGCCGACAAGUUGAACACCCUCAUCAAGGCCGCCAACGUCCCUGACGUCGAGCCCAUCUGGGCCAGCCUUUUCGCAAAGGCUCUCGAGGGCAAGGACGUCAAGGAACUGCUCACCAACGUCGGUUCAGGCGGUGGUGCCGCUGCUGCCGCACCUGCUGCUGGUGGCGCUGCCGCUGGCGGUGCCGCCGAGGCCGACGCUCCUGCCGAGGAAGCCAAGGAAGAGGAGAAGGAAGAAUCCGACGAGGACAUGGGCUUCGGUCUCUUCGACUAA